AACAGUCAACACUUGUCACGUCGUAUCCUAGUUUCCUAAACAAGGGAAGACGAUAAUGGACUUUGUCGUCGACUAAACACAAACAACAAACCGCAUUCACAUAGGUCCUCCAAAAUUAGCAAGUAUAAAUAUAAUUUUAGUAUUUAAUGUAUCUGAUUACAAAUAUAGUAUUUUCUAAAGUUAUCCAACGUUCCUAAUCUAGCCAACUAAGUGUACAAUAUAUAUACCCCCUAAACUAAAAGACAAACAACAUAAAAUUGAAUAACGGACCCGAGAAAAGAAACAUUCAGACGCAAAUAAAUGGCUACUCUUAAGCUCAGCAUCAGCGUCGCCUCAUUUGAAAUACAUUGACGCGAUCUGCGAUCGCUCACAUGACCAAGCUUUCUGCCUCCAGACAUUGACUACCAAUCCCCCUACGGCUGCUCCCAUUGACUAACCAUAUUCUUUGUUGCAAUCCACUGGCCGUGGCCGUGAUGGCCCUCGCCGUAUCCCACGCCGAGAAGACAGCGGUUUUUGUGGAUGAGACGGCAAAGAAAGAUCCAACGCUGAAGGCUUCGUUCACUGAGUGCCACAAGGCUUACUUAGCCGUGGUGGCUGAUCUCAAGAGCGCAAACGUGAAGCUCAAGCUAUCCCCGGAUACAGCUCACUACGACGUUAGGGCUUCUAACGACAAAAUGAGACGCGUGGCAGGAUUGGUUGGGACAAACAGUGACAAUGCUUCAACCACGCUCAAGGAAAUGCCCGUGCUGAUGGAUAAACUCCUAGAUCUUGCAGCUGGAGUUGCCGAUGCCGUGGACUGGGCCGGUCCUGAGCAAAGCCUAAUGAAACAUUGGCCUUAGGUCCCCAAAUUUUUUGAAAAAAAUUAUAUGUAAAUAAGCUCUUAAUUUUUUUUUUUUUUUAAAUUUAAGUACCCAAAUUUUCGGGGCCGGCCCCUGGCCGUGGACUACGAUGACGAGAACAUCCACUGUCGCGUCUGAAUUUAAACCGGUCGGGUUCUUUUUUUUUGUGUUCAGAAAUACAAAUGAAAAUACAUAACUGAAUAUAUUUUGUGUACACAUAUAUUUGUGUUACGGUAAAUUAGUUUUUUCAGUUUCUGAAAUAUAUGCAGAACUGGUGUGGUCAAGUUUUUUUGAAUAAAAAGUUGAUUUGCAGUAUGAUUUUUUUACAAAUU